GGCUGCACAGCUCAUGCCUUCCUGUUAGUCAGAGCUGGGAGAAGUUCACUCGGAUCAGCUGAUCCCAACUGACAACAAGAGAGGAGGACGCCCAGGAGACAACGAAGGAGGAGGGGUGCGGAGAUGGAGAUGAGGAUGGAUCCACGGGUGUCCUGAGGAGCAGCCCCCGCCCCCGCCGGCGCCCCGCGGCCCCCCGACACCGCCUCGCUGCGGCCGAGCUGCUCUGUGGUUUCCCUUGAAAUAGCGACUUGAGGCUCAUGUAUAUUGGACAGCUCGUGACCACUUUAUUACAUUACCAAAACUCGGCGGCUGAGGCUUGAAGUAUGCGCCCACCUCUGUGAACCCAUCAGACCUCUCUCAAACAUCAGAGAUUCAGUCAAGUUCAUUUUGGCCAUCUCCUUACCUGCACUUUACGGAGGAUGAAACCAUCAAAACAGAUCAAUAUUGCCACUGAUACUUCUGUCUUGGAGACAGAAAAUUAAAAAUUGGACCAUUCGCGAGUAGAUUUUGACAGGUUCUUUUUGAAAGUAUUCAGAACUCUGGAAGUUGGCAGCAGUCUUCGGACUCGAAGCCUUUGACUUCGUUCCUGGGAGAGCGCCGUGACCGUCAUAGGGUGGGUGGUGUUCCUUGCGAGUCCGAGUUAUGAGUGCCCUGACUUCCCCAGCCGAGAAGGGCCUGAAUCCAGGGCUCACGUGCCAGGAGAGUUACGCCUGCAGCGGCGCCGACGAGGCCGUCUUUGAGUGUGACGAGUGCGGCAGCCUGCAGUGUCUGCGCUGCGAGGAGGAGCUCCAUCGGCAGGAGCGCCUGCGGAACCAUGAGCGGAUCAGACUCAAAGCCGGCCACGUCCCGUACUGCGACCCCUGCAAGGGCCCUAAUGGGCAUUCUCCAGGUGUUAGGCAGAGGGCAGCUGUGAGGUGCCAGACCUGCAAAAUCAACUUGUGCCUGGAGUGCCAGAAGAGGACUCACUCUGGAGGAAACAAGAGGAGGCACCCCGUGACUGUGUACCAUGUCGCUAAGGUCCAGGAGUCCCUGGACGAGGAGGAUAUGGACGAGGAGACCAAGAGGAAGAAGAUGACCGAGAAGGUUGUGAGUUUCCUCCUAGUAGAUGAAAAUGAAGAGAUUCAGGUAACGAAUGAGGAGGACUUUAUUAGGAAAUUGGACUGCAAACCCGAUCAGCAUCUGAAGGUGGUUUCCAUUUUUGGAAAUACUGGUGAUGGAAAGUCUCAUACCCUCAACCACACUUUCUUCUAUGGCCGGGAAGUCUUCAAAACCUCCCCCGCCCAGGAGUCCUGCACAGUGGGCGUGUGGGCAGCCUACGAUCCGGUCCACAAGGUGACAGUGAUAGACACCGAAGGUCUCUUGGGGGCUACCGUGAAUCUAAGCCAGAGAACGCGAUUGUUGCUGAAGGUCCUGGCCAUCUCAGACCUGGUCAUCUAUCGAACUCACGCCGACCGGCUGCACAAUGACCUCUUCAAAUUCCUCGGGGAUGCCUCGGAAGCCUACCUGAAGCACUUUACUAAGGAGCUCAAGGCUACCACUGCCCGCUGUGGCCUGGACGUCCCCUUAUCCACUCUGGGCCCUGCAGUUAUUAUUUUCCAUGAGACUGUGCACACUCAGCUACUAGGCUCUGAUCACCCCUCCGAGGCGCCGGAGAAGCUCAUCCAGGACCGGUUCCGGAAGCUGGGCCGCUUCCCCGAAGCCUUUAGCUCCAUCCACUAUAAGGGAACGAGGACUUACAACCCCCCCACAGACUUCUCCGGGCUUCGGCGUGCUUUGGAACAGCUGCUGGAGAACAAUACCACCAGGUCUCCCCGGCACCCAGGGGUCAUCUUCAAAGCCCUGAAGGCAUUGAGUGACCGCUUCAGCGGUGAGAUCCCUGAUGACCAGAUGGCACACAGCUCAUUUUUUCCAGAUGAGUAUUUCACCUGCUCCUCCCUGUGCCUCAGCUGUGGGGUUGGCUGUAAGAACAGCAUGAAUCAUGGAAAGGAAGGAGUGCCUCAUGAAGCCAGGAGCCGCUGCAGAUACUCCCACCAGUAUGACAACCGGGUCUACACCUGCAAGGCCUGCUAUGAGAGAGGCAAGGAGGUCAGUGUGGUGCCCAAAACAUCUGCAUCUACAGACUCUCCCUGGAUGGGUCUCGCGAAGUACGCCUGGUCUGGUUAUGUGAUCGAAUGUCCUAACUGUGGCGUGGUCUAUCGGAGCCGGCAGUACUGGUUUGGGAACCAAGAUCCUGUGGAUACGGUGGUGCGGACAGAGAUUGUGCAUGUGUGGCCUGGAACAGAUGCAUUUCUGAAGGACAACAACAAUGCUGCCCAGCGCCUGCUGGACGGGAUGAACUUCAUGGCUCAGUCCGUGUCCGAGCUUAGCCUCGGGCCCACCAAGGCUGUGACUUCCUGGCUGACAGACCAGAUCGCACCUGCCUAUUGGAGGCCCAACUCCCAGAUCCUGAGCUGCAACCAGUGCGCGGCGUCCUUCAAAGACAACGACACCAAGCAUCACUGCCGGGCCUGCGGCGAGGGCUUCUGUGACGGCUGCUCCUCCAAGACCCGGCCAGUGCCCGAGCGUGGCUGGGGGCCCGCGCCCGUGCGGGUGUGUGACAACUGCUAUGACACUAGGAAUGUCCAGUUAGAUGUUGCUGAGGCACAAGCAGAUGAUGAAGGUGGAACACUGAUUGCCCGUAAGGUGGGCGAGGCUGUGCAGAACACCUUGGGAGCCGUGGUGACAGCCAUUGACAUACCACUAGGCCUAGUGAAGGACGCGGCCAGGCCGGCCUACUGGGUGCCGGACCACGAGAUCCUGAACUGCCACAGCUGCCGCAAGGAGUUCAGCGUGAAGCUCUCCAAGCACCACUGCCGCGCCUGCGGCCAGGGCUUCUGCGACGAGUGCUCCCACGACCGGCGGGCUGUCCCCUCUCGAGGCUGGGACCACCCGGUCCGAGUGUGCUUCAACUGCAAUAAAAAGCCCGGUGACCUUUAACCCCCGCUCCCUCCGCGAGUCCUUCACAAUUCCUUAGGUUCUCAGGGUUAGAAACAGACGUCUCAAUGAGGUAGGCCCUCCUCCUGGUCACCUGUGGUGGCGUGUCCUCUCCUCUCUCAUCCCGGGGCCACUUUGCCUUGGUGGGGGUGAGCCUGGCGGCAGGCCCGAAGGCGUGAACCCCUCAGCACGGGACCGAGCCGCGGUCAGCAAAGGGGAAAUGAACCCGCAUCAAAAUAGUAACUGAACAUGUAUCUGUGUCUCCAUAUGCAUAAAGAAGGGACCGGGAGUGUAUCGCGGCUGCUGCUGGCUGGGAGACGACUCCAGUGUGGCCCCAGCCCAGGGAUGUAAGCAGCCGUGGCUGCAGGUCUUCCAUACAAAGCACUACUGGUCGCCUUUUCCUGCUGCUCUCCGAGCCUUGCAGUGUCCCUCCCCCCCUUCCCCUCCCACUCCCAAUGCCCGGAUGUGAGCAUCCCAGGCCCUGCUGCUUGAAGUGGCCUAAAGGGACCUCCCCCAAGCCCUUCUUGAUGGGGAUCCCAGUUCCUGGCUUCGGCCUGUUGUAGUCAGAGGUCACCUGUCUUCAUGUGAGUGGAGGUCAGAGAUAGGGUCUUCAGCCCUGAGAAGACAGAAUGCAGGUGCUUGUGGCCCAUGGAACUGGGGCCUUCCCCAGCAAGGUCCUUGCUCCUGAUGCUUCCAUCUGUCUCCACUGGGCUUUCCUAGAAGGCUAUACCCUGCUCCUCCAUCAGCACCUGCCCCCUCUGCCACCGGAACCCCUCCCCCCAUCUGCUUUGGAGUGUCACAUUUGAAUUUUUAUCCCUUACAGUGUCUUAAUUUGUUCCCAGAUACACAACCUCUCUAUCUAUUGGAGGGGUGAUCAUGAGAAACCUUCCAGGGAAACAGAGCACAGAGUGGACUGUUGUUGUUUUUUAAAAAGUAUAUAUAAAUAUUUCAAAGAUCAUAAGGAAAAAAAAUGUCUUUGGUUCUUGCAAGAGAAAUUGAAUGAAUGUUUCUCAUCAAGAGCUUGGACACCCGUUUCCAUUAUGACUGGAAAGACUGUUAAUUCUGAAAUCCUGUCAUCAGGGUGGAAUAUCUUCAGUGGCCAAAAAAAAGAACUAAAGCAACAUGCUUGACUGAACUGAUGGGUGGGCGGAGCCUCAGGGAGGCACCUGGGGUGCAUAUUCAUGUGGUGGGAUCCUUGGAGUGGAUUGGUCCUUCUGACCUGCUCCUCCCUGUCUCCCAGUGACGGAAGCCUAUUCUAGAGCUGUGUAUUACCCAGUUCACCCCAUAAAGGAAUCCUCCUGCCGUA